AUGUGCAAAAAUUGUACUAAAAAAACAAAAAGUGAUAAAAUGUUAAAUAAAAAAGAAGUAUUAAAUAAUAAAAAAUUAUCUAUUGGUAUCGUUUUUGGUGUUAUUCUGACAUUAAUUACUAUUAUACUUCAAUGUAUUGCACUUUUUACACCACAUUGGAAAGAAAUAACUCCAAAUACACAUUCACUAUAUGUUGAUGGCGUAGAUGCUCUUAUACGUACUGAAGUUUUACAUUAUUUCAAUAGCAUACAUCGUCAUAGUCGUCAUUCAUAUGGCUUAUUUCAACGGUGUGAAUAUCUUUUAAAUAACUCAUCAUCAUAUAAUAAUCAACCUGAUCUAGCUGAUUUCGUUGUAAAUAACCAACGAAAUAAAUGUACAAAAAAUUUUUUACCGAGAUAUCGUGAUGAUUAUUUUAACGAGUGUCAUAGUCUACAAUAUUAUAGAUUUUGUACAAAAGCAAGUGAAAAAAACUUUGAUAUUAACAAUGAUUAUCUUCAUGCAACAUUUGAUCUAUCAACCUCAUCUGCAAAUCUUGAUUCAAAAAUGUCCUGUGAUUGUCAUUAUCCACCUUAUGUUUUCGUUUGUCAAAUAGUUGGAAUAACAGCAAUAAUAUUCUUAUUUUUUACUUGUUUAUUAUUUGGUUUAUUUCCAUUUUGUACUAAUUCACAUUAUCGUCUUAAAAUAAAAUAUUUUGGUAUAUUAUCAUCAUUAUUAUCGAUUGUGUUUUUAACAAUUAAUUUAAUAGUUAUAUUAAAACAUUUAGAAUAUGAAUCAAUUGCAUAUUUAGUUGCUAUUCAAAAACAUUAUAAAUCGAAUCAAAUUUAUAAAUUAUCUGAAGAUACAAAAAUUGCUAUUGAUCGAUUUCUGUUAAGUAUUAAUAUUCGUAUUGGUUAUUCAACUAUAAUAGCAUGGAUUGCUUUUGGUUUAUCAUUUAUUGAUGGAAUAUUAUUAUUAGUUACAUGUCAAAUGAAACACAAUUAUCGAAAAAAAGAAAGUCAUACUAAUUUAAAAUCAUAUCGUGAAAUUGAACAACAUUAUACUCCAUUUCGAUUUACAGAAGUUCCAAAUGAUUCUCAAACUUUAUCAUCACCAAUGCAUGUAAACAAUAAUCUUAAUGAAUCUACUUCAUUGCAUCCAAUUUCAGAAGAUGAAAAAUAUCAACCAUUACGUAUAUUUAAUGAAGAUGAAGUGUAA